ACUCACAGACUACAACAAUGGCUUCGCUUUCCGUGAAUCAAGUGAAUGAAUGGCGCAAGGCUCAAGAAAUUACGCUCUCUCUGGAUGUGGUAGCAGCUGCAAAAUCACAGUUGGAGUUCCUUUCGCUGGUACAUGCCAAUUUCAAGCUGUUUGAGAGGCCUGUUCUGGAAAGGGCAAUUGAGAGGUACCAGUACUGCUGCCUUCCGCUGUUAGCAAAUUCUUCUGGGACUUUUGUCCCGCCACUCGACUGCGGCUGGAUAUGGCAUUGCCAUCGCUUGAAUCCUGUUCAAUAUGCUGACGACUGUAAGAGAUUGUUCGGUAAAAUUGUGGACGGACCUUCUUUGGCGAGGCACAGAAAUGAUCUCCAACAAAGCGCCAGUACAUGGGCUUCGAAUUUUCCAGACGAACCAUACACUCUUGACAUUUACGGUGGAGACUCAACAAGGCGAUAUACCGAAAGACCAACCAAUAUCUUUUAUGAUUUGGCAGAAGCAGCUCUCAGGCAGAAAAGUUUCUACUAUCAGGUUUCUGAGCCGCAUUACCUGGACGAGAGCUUCUUGGUAGCUGCUGUUGCACGUUACAAGGCGUUUCUCCAUCUCGUACGCAAGUCUGGCACAUCAACAUUUUUCGUUCCCACUUACGACAUCGAUUUAAUAUGGCAUACACAUCAGCUUCACCCUGUGAGCUACCACAACGAUCUCACACAGGUACUGGGAAGGAUCUUCGAGCAUGACGACACAGAUAGCAACCGAGAUUCUGGAGGAAAACUGGACAAUGGAUUCACAAAGACUCGAUCUAUGUGGGAAGACACGUAUGGCCUUCCAUACGAGAAAGCAGGGUGCAUGUAUAGAGGGGAGCCACCAGCAUCCAUUCCCGGAACACCUGCUUAUGAUCCAGCCAAGCUCGCCAGGCUCGCUAGUGAAAACGACUAUGACUUGGCUGAGCGAAAGACCAUUCAGGUUCAUCUCUCCGUAAGAGGUACCAGAGGUUUGCCAGACGAUAGGACCAUCUACUACGUGAUAAGCUCGUUAAACCAUCAAAAGUAUCUGAAUCUCGAGAGCCAACGAAUGAAGGCUUCCUCUCAUCGGAGCGUAGUCUCAACCAUAACAGCUGAGCUCUCCACCGAAGGGCUGGUGCUCGCAGUUCGACAGAAGCGCUUUUUGAUAUCCAAAACCGUGGGCCUGCUCCUGAUUCCAUGGAAAACUGUCAUCCGCUCGGAAACGCAAUCACUCAGCGGCUGGUUUCCAUUGCUGGAGACAAAGAAGGACCGAGAAGUGUCGGUGCUGGUUUACAUCUCCGUUACUCCUCCAGUCACUGCGCCUUAUCUCUUCAGAAGCGUGAGAGUGAGAGACACGGGAGACGACUGUGCCACUCACAGCCUCCACAGUCACAGAGAAGGCAUGUGGAUAACAAGGAAUGUUUUCGACCACACCAGAAACGAAUCCUUCGUCGUCCGUUGCAGAUACAAGGGUGGAGGGCUUUUGCUAAGGAGCAUUCUCGACACCGAUAAAGUUAUCCAUGUUCACAAAGGAGGGUGGACAUACGACGGUUCUUACAACACUGGCUCCGUAAAUGGUAUGAGCAUCUUCUGGACAUGUUUUGCAAAAGAUUUAUGGUGUUGCUUUGUUUUCUCAGGUGAAUUCUAG